AGAGAUGUCCCUAAUUCUGUUCUUCAUUAUGCUAUAUACUUGCCCUGUAUGAUUCUUCACUAUACGUUUCAUGAUGGUACUGAAUUUCAUUUAAAAAUCGUACGGAUGCGAGCAUUUCGCUUACAUCAGUUUCGUCAUAACGGAAACCGCUUGGCUUGGUGGCGUAGUGGGCGUCAAAGAAGUAGUCCCUCUUCAAAAAUUACUGAGUCAUGGAUAUAAACACUUUUAUCUUAAGUGAUAACAAAUUCUAACGGUAUAUUACAUAAAAAAUGAUUCAGAUAAUUCACGGCUAGUAUUUUUUGCCAAAUUUGGCCUACACCUUGCCUUGCUGAGUCAUACGUGUUCAUUGGAAGAGCAAAGACAGUGGCAUAUUGAAUCGUGCUGCGGAGUCCACCAAUAGGAGGCGAGCUUACGAACUCAAUAGAUUCCGCGUAGUGAUACACUCCGCAGCAGAGGCAAAGUGGUCAGUCAUCAGUGAACACCCUUUCAUCUUGUGUGUGAAGGAGAGUUUGUGCUGUAGUACAGUGACGGGAAAAAACACGUUACCCGGAGCAGUGGAAUUUGUUGAAGGGAAAUGGCUUCUGGGGUAACAGUGUCAGAUGCGUGUAAAACUACCUAUGAAGAAAUAAAGAAAGAUAAGAAACAUCGUUAUGUUGUUUUCUUCAUUAGAGAUGAAAAACAGAUUGAUGUUGAAUAUAUAGGUGAACGCAAUGCUACAUACGAUCAAUUUCUAGAAGACCUUCAAAAGGGUGGUACUGGUGAAUGUCGAUAUGGUCUGUUCGACUUCGAAUACACGCACCAAUGUCAAGGCACUUCUGAGGCCUCGAAGAAGCAGAAGCUGUUUCUCAUGUCCUGGUGCCCAGACACAGCCAAAGUCAAGAAGAAGAUGUUGUACUCUUCUAGCUUCGAUGCUCUGAAGAAAUCGUUGGUUGGUGUGCAGAAGUAUAUUCAGGCCACAGACAUGUCUGAAGCUUCUCAAGAAGCUGUUGAAGAGAAACUUCGUGCCACAGACAGACAGUAAGGCGCAGUUUUCUUCUGAAGACUCCACAAACUGCUUUGCCCGUGAUGGACCUAUGAUCCAGAGCCCAACAAGUAUCUAGUCUCGUUGGCUCAUGAGCAAAAUGUUUUCAUGUCAGUGGAGUUUAUACUUUAUGGUAUUGUAUUACAAAGUGAAGAAAACAAAGGCGACUUGGGGAGGGGUAAACUCGAAUUUAAAGCCUGUUGGCAUUAUUAAACUAUGUAAUUACUAUCAUUAUAUUUGGUAAUUCAAAAAUUGGUCAUAAUUAUUGUAAUGGUAGUAUUUGCUGAUUCCAGCUAAUUUCUACCAUUCUACUCAACUGAAAAUUUUUGUAUUGGAUGUCUUCUUGUAGGAUUUUUUAUGUCAUUGCUGAGUAUGUAUUAAAUUUAUUUGUAAUGAA